AAGCCUUGCGAACGUCGCAGGGGGGCACUCGCGAGGGACGGACAGGAAGAGGGCCAGGGGGGACGCCAGAGCCCGGGACCACAGCACGGAAACGGCCCGGGGCUGAGCUGCAGUCAGAUCCGGGGAUGGAGGGAGCCGGAGGAGAGGAGUGAGGAGGCCGGGGAGGCAGGCCCUGCUGCCCUCCUGCAGGCCGCCAGGCCGCUGUGGCAGUGGAGGACCCGGCCGCCCAGCCAGGGAAGGGGUCAGGAGGUCGGGCCCGGGCCUCAGCAGGCCCAGGCGAGGCCUAAGGAGGGAGUACCAGGCGCCCUGGAGUUCAGGGCCCAAGCCUUGACUCGGCUUGUCCAAAGGAGGCUUAGGCCAAGCUUCUGGCGGGGAAACUGAGUCACAGGCAGUCUCCCCCCCCCCCCCCCCGGGCACGGUCUGGAGGCGUGUGAGCCAAGUUAGGGAUAGGGUGCACAGACCCUUGGCGGGGGAGGGAGGGUCUCCGAGAUUAAGGGGGGUAGGGGGCUUCAGGGCCUCCCAGUCCACAGCCGGAUUGGCGAGUGAGACGCUUGUAGAUCUGAGGUUGGAUUGGGGUGGGGUCUCCAGGACGUUGGCUAGCAACGCAAGGAUUGGGGGGAUUUAAGUGCUUAGAGAUCGAAGCCAAGCCUUGAGUAGGGGGAGUCAGAGGCGGUUAUUUGGGGAGGGGUCUCCGCGCUUCGACGAAGCGCAGGGCUGCGCCCGGCUUGGCUCGAGGCCUUGCCCAGGCAGGGCUCUGUGAAGGGUGGGCCCGACCCGGCCAGGGGCCGAGAGCAAGAAAAGUGAACAAACCAGGAGUGCUAAGUGGGCGGGGGGCCCCGAGAGGGGGGUCACAAAGGGUGAGACAUGGCCACCAGGCGUUUAACCGAGGCUUUCUUGUUGUUGCGGAAUAAUUCCAUCCAAAACCGGCAGCUGUUAGCCGAGCAAGUGAGUAGUCACACCACCUCCAGCCCUCUGCAUUCACGUAGCAUUGCUGCGGAACAGUCAAAAGGGGGAGAUUUCUUAAAUGCUUUGGAGCUGGACGAGCUUGCCGAUGACCGCAUGGCUCUGGUGUCGGGCAUUAGCUUAGAUCCAGAAGCAGCAAUCGGUGUGACAAAGCGGUCGCCUCCUAAAUGGGUGGAUGGAGUGGAUGAAAUACAGUACCAUGUCGGCCGAAUCAAGCAGAAGAUGAAGGAGUUAGCCAGCCUUCACGACCAGCACUUAAACAGACCCACCCUGGACGACAGCAGUGAGCAAGAGCACGCCAUCGAAAUCACCACCCAAGAGAUCACUCAGCUCUUCCACAGGUGCCAGCGCGCCGUGCAGGCUCUGCCCGGCCGGGCCCGCAGGGCCCGCUCCGACCAGGAGGAGCGGCUCCUUCGCAACGUCGUGGCCUCCCUGGCCCAGGCCCUGCAGGAGCUGUCCGCCAGCUUCCGGCGCGCGCAGUCGGGCUACCUCAGACGCAUGAAGAGUCGAGAGGAGCGAUCCCAGCAUUUUUUUGAUACAUCAGUGCCGCUGACGGACGACGGAGACGAUCACACGCUUUACGAUCGGGGUUUUACGGAUGACCAGUUAGUGCUGGUGCAGCAGAACACGCUGAUGGUGGAGGAGCGGGAGCGGGAGAUCCGCCAGAUCGUGCAGUCCAUCUCCGACCUGAACGAGAUCUUCAGGGACCUGGGAGCCAUGAUCGUGGAGCAGGGCACAGUCCUUGACAGAAUCGACUAUAACGUUGAGCAGUCCUGCAUCAAAACCGAAGACGGCCUGAAACAGCUCCACAAGGCGGAGCAGUAUCAGAAGAAGAAUCGGAAGAUGCUCGUGAUUUUAAUAUUAUUUGUCAUCAUCAUUGUCCUCAUUGUUGUGCUGAUCGGCGUGAAGUCUCGCUAGGCAUCCGUGGGGCCGCGUGGUCCGCCCAUGUGGACUCCGGGCGCGAGGGGCUCGGCCAGCCUGCGGGCACAGCGGGCACAGUGGGCACAGCGGGCCGUGGACUGUGUGGGGGCAGCGAGCGCUGGCCCGGACCCCUCGUCACCGCUGCGCUCCGGGAAGGGGAAUGAGCUGCUGUAUUUCCUUCGUCGUCAAGAACUUAAGGACCUUUGAUGCUGCUGCAGAGUAGAGAUCGAGUUCUGUCAUUGGUUAUAAUGUAUAUUUUUUUUAGAAAGAGAAAAUGAGUUGAAUGUUUACAGGCACUCCACACGCUGUUCGAUACUGUUUGUGCAUAUGCUAUUUUUUUAGCAGUCAUGUCUGAGCAGCAUGUAAAAGUAAUUUUUGGAAAUGUUUUUUAAAAACCAUCUGGUUUUUAAGAAAUUUGGUACCAAAAAUUUAUGAGUAGAGGCAAAAAUGCCUCUUCGUCAUUCUCUGUAUAUUUUCCAGUUGAAAACAAACUGAGAAGUCCUUUAAGAAUUUAUAAUCCGUUCCCCAUUAACUUAAUUUAGCUUUUCCAUCACUGUUAAUGAUCAGAGUAACAAAGUGUGAAAAAUAAGAAACCAUCAUUGAUGUUAAUUAACACAUUUAGACGGGCCAGUUAAAACAGCUUCAUAAGUUUAAAUUAAUCGUAAAUGGACUGUUCCUCGUCGAGAGUGCGUGCACUGCAUUUUCUACAUGAAACCAAAAGGGGUUACUAACGAAACCACCUGAACUUAGAAGUUGGUCCUUUGAACCACCCUCCCGUGGAAACGGAAACGGGAAGAAGGGAGGCGGGGCAGGGUCGCGGGGCCCCGCCCCCGCCGCCCUUGCUCCGUCCAUUACUUGCAUACUCACUGCAUAAUGACCUGCUCCAACUCGACACCGGUUAAUGAACUGUGAAUUGACACAGAGGCCAUUCUAAGUGGGUCACCCCAUUUAGGCUUAGUGGGUCUCAAAUUAUUAACCAAACAUCACUCCAUUUCAAAGUAAAAUAUUCCACCAGGGGUGUGAUUUAUCGCCUCUUCCAUGGCUACUUACCAUGCCCAGAAAGUAAGCAUGGUCCUCCGGACUGGGAAAAUCCUCCUUAGAAAACCCCUCGCUGCGCGAGCCUGCAUCGGAUCGCCGGAGCAGGACUUCGCCGGCUCCUGACCCGUUAUCACUGUGGUGCUCGAACCCGUUCCUGGGACCGUUGAGUAACGUGGAGAGCGUGGAGAGCGCUGAGAGCCUUGAGAACUCGACGGGUUCGUGUUUUCUGGUCUUGAGACACCAGUACGGUUCCCAUGGUCUCUGUAUAAUUUUCGAUGGCUUUCCCAUUGUUUUUCUUACCUCUCCUAAAACGUUUGAGAAGAGUGUGACCUCAUUAAACGUGCUGUGUUUUAUCUGGA